GCCCAGAAUGCACUGGAAGGAAAGCAGGCUGUUGGUAAACUGAGAGGCUCGGCUAAUGGGAGAGCAGAUUGCUUGUUUUGAACCGGAAGAGAAUGGUGCUACAGCAAGAUCAUCCCAAAACGAAAAUUGUGGGUACAAAAAGGAAUUGGCAAGCACUGGACUCGGCAGCAGUCAGAGUCAAAGCCGAGAUGUUGAUUCCUGAAGACGGAAUCUGUUCCUCUCCGACAUGUUCUGCCCCCCCUCUCACAGGAAACAUUAAAGAAGAAGUAGAAGAAAUCACUAUUACAGAUGAACAUGCUUCUGAGGAACGGACUGUGUAUAGAGCCUCAGAUACUGAAGUUAAAGAAGAAAUGUCCCCCCAGGAUGAUGUUGAUCUGAGCAUGGAUUGUUUGUCAGAUGAUGCUGAUGAAGAGGAUGAAGCAAUGUCGGAAGAAAAGGUGAAGCCUCCAACACCACCCGUGGUCCCAAUAGUUAAUAUUAAAGAGGAAUUCGAAGAAGUAACGGUCACUGAUAGCCAUCUUGAUAGUUCUCCGAGCCACAACACAGAUUCAUCAGAUGAGAGGCUUCCCAGCCUGAGCUGGUUUAACAAAUGCUACAGACCGGAUUAUUUAGCGGAUGUGGAUGAGGACCCUAAUGCCCCUCACUGGGGUGGGGAGGACCAGUCCGACGACGAGCCAUGUAUCUCGCUGUCUGUCACAGAUAACCAAAGCAAAGAGCGGCCGCAUAGGUGCCGAGCGUGCAACGAAUGCUUUCCCGAUAAAAACCAGCUGGCCGUCCAUCGGAGAAAGCACAUUGCCAAGUCACUGCGGUGCCCAACUUGUGGGAAGGCAUUCAGGUUCCAGUCCCACCUUCUUAAACAUCAGAAAACCCAUAAAGAGGAGAACGUCUACACCUGCCCCAUUUGCGGAGUCCAGUAUGAACAGAAAGUCCAGUUUGCGGCGCAUAUGAGGGUCCAUCCCGGGGAGAAACCGUUUAAGUGCGACGAAUGCGGCAGCUGCUUUGCCCAAAAGGGCUCCCUCGUUUUACACCAGAAGAAACACAAAGGGUUGGAUGUUUAUAAGUGCAAACUGUGUGGACAUAGAUUUGAUAAGAAAUCCAAGCUUAAGAAUCAUCUCAAGUUCCACAGACUGGAAAAAGCGACUAUAUUCAGUUGAUAAAGCAUGGACGCAAAGGAAUAACUUCCCCUUUAAACCCAAAUGUAUGUGUUUUUUUUUUCCACUGCCUGCAAAACUCCUCCCUAAGGCUCGUCACCAAAUCCGCCGGAAUGAUCCGUUUUACUGUUCCAUCAGAUCUUCCAAAAUGGUCUGGAAUUUGGAUUCUGGUUCCAUAUAUAUUUAAAAGGACAUUAAUCUGGCCAAUCAAAUGAUGAUUAUUAUUAACACAAUAUGUGGGUUGUGUCUGUACAUAAUUAUUUGCACAAACCAUACUGCUUUGUCAUUGGCUGUUACAUUUUUCUAUAAAAUUUUAUCCGUUGUCUUUGCUUCUUUUCAUAAUAAUGAAUUUUUGACCCCACUUGAAAGCAGUUUGGCAGUUGAAGGCAAACUAUAAAUGGGUUUACUUUGCCUUUUUUUUUUAAAAAAAAUUCUGAUAAGGCUUUAUAAUUCAUUCUCGGACAUUGCUUCUGAUUUGUGUUACAUAGACAUGAAAAUGAUACAAUUUAGAGAUGUGGAAGCUCAGCGUCACUACUAAAUAGGUGCCCUUAUAUAAAGAUGAUAUCAAAAUGCUUAUUAGUUUGACUGCAAUACCCUGCAUUACCCUUUAAUACUGGCGACACACCGGCUAGUUAGCAA